ACGGAGGAGACCAGACGUAGCAAAUUGUGUGGACGCUGAGGGCUUGUCUACGCAGUUGUCGAGAAGAAAUUUACCAAAACGGUCGAUGUGUCACGAAUGAGUCUGCCUCUGGCAGGGAAGGCUCGUAUUUUGUGGGGAACAGCCCGCUGGGCGUUCUCGGCCUCCAAGUGCGGAGAGAUGUCGAUUCGGACAGCAGCUCAACGUCUCUUGCAAAAUGGUCGGGCUCUAUUGCAUUCCAUCCGUAAUACCGAAUGUUUCUACGUUAAUUGCCACCCAAGGAACUACCACGGCAAGAUACACGUUGUACAAGUAGGCAAGUCCCAGGGCUGCCUGCCCCAGGGUAACACCAAUGUAUCCGUCACAGGAAGACACCUUACUUAUUUGGGAGUCCACGCUCGAAGACUCUUUGUCGAUAAUAUCCUGAAAAGGGUCACCAACAGUCUAGCGGCAGAUUUAAGAAGAAGGGCUGCAACGAAAUUGGUCUUUGGAGAUUCCGCUCCAUUUUUUGCUUUGGUCGGGGUGUCCUUAGCAUCUGGGACUGGAAUAUUGACAAAGGACGACGAGCUAGAGGGAGUCUGCUGGGAAAUUAGAGAAGCAGUAUCAAAAUUACAAUGGAACACUCCUCAAAAUGACAAAAAUUACGAGGUGUUUAAAGACGAAGAAAAGGUUGUCACACUGUCGGAUUUUGUAAUUGGCCCCCCUAUUGCGAAAGGAUGCUCGGCCGUCGUCUAUGCGACAAGAUUCAAGAAUUCCGAGAAAGACGACGAUCAACUGAAUAUCGAUAAUAAAACCACGGACAUUACUGCGUUUCCAUUGGCUUUGAAAAUGAUGUUUAAUUACGACGCCGAAUCGAAUGCACUCUCCAUUCUGAGGGCCAUGUACAGGGAAACCGUGCCAGCCAGGAAACAUUUGAACAACGAAGAACUGGUUGAGUGGGAAAUCAAGAUGGCUGAAAGGAAAGCUGAACUUCCACCACAUCCGAACAUUGUAGCAGUGUAUUAUGCUUUCGCCGACAGAGUCCCGGCACUGCCUGAUUCCUUGAGAAUGUAUCCUGACGCGCUACCCGCUCGUAUUAAUCCUCAAGGCUCCGGUAGAAACAUGAGCUUGUUCCUGUUAAUGAAAAGGUAUGAUAUUACAUUAAAACAGUAUCUGACUGAUUGUAACACGAGCACUAGGGAAUCGAUACUGUUAUUUGUUCAGUUACUGGAAGGCGUUGCUCACAUGAAUGCUCAUGGCAUUGCUCACAGAGAUCUGAAAAGCGACAACAUUCUGCUAGACCUGUCCGAAGAAACUGACAACUGUCCAUCCUUAGUCAUUACGGAUUUCGGUUGCUGCCUAGCUGACAAAAGUCACGGUCUAUAUUUGCCUUACAACACUCACGACGUUGACAAAGGAGGUAAUGCCGCGCUGAUGGCACCGGAAGUCAUUACAGCAGAACCUGGUCCGUUCACCAGCAUCAAUUAUAUGAAAGCCGAUCUCUGGACUGUGGGUACAAUUGCUUACGAAAUAUUCGGCAUGAAGAAUCCGUUCCACGGAGACAGCAAAGAGAAAACAUCGCUAAAGAAUUACAAUUACAAGGAAGAGGAUUUGCCGCCCUUACCAAGCAGCGUUCCACCGAUUCUAUCCGCGUUAAUAAAAAAUAUAUUGUCCAGAAGUUUGUACAAGAGACUCGAUACUGAAACUGCGGCGACUAUAGUUCAGUUACACUUGUGGGCACCCAGCGAUUGGUUCCGAAGGGAGGGAAAAUUACCGUCUAGCAAUGAGGUGAUGCAAUGGCUUCUGUGCUUAACGACAAAAGUACUUUGCGAAGGUCGUAAUUUGGCUUUACCGGUGGCGGAUACCAUUUUCGAUGGAGAAAUGGAUGUUGUUCUCCGGAGAAAUUCCUAUCAGAGAUCUCUUUCGACCAGAUCCUGCGGAAGACGUACUAUGCCAGAAUAUCAAUUGAUAGCAAGUUUUCUCGGUAGAGUCACACUUGGAAAUAUUAGAAAUGCUCUAAAGUGGAUACAGAAAAAUGUAUAAUUUUCUAGUAAAUGUUUAUAAAAAAAUAUCCCUGAAAAAAGGGAUAGUAUUGAACGAUACAACAAAAGUAUUUAUAUCUUCUGCAUAUUGACAGAAGAGGCUGUUCUGUAGUUAUUUUUUCGCAACGAAGCCGAGAUUCUUAUAAUAUUUUUCUAUACCCGGUUUUAUCGUGUUUAUCGUUAACGUUCCCGAGUUGUUUUCAUGUUAAUUCGUUUUUUGAUACUGUGAGAAACAGAAAGAAGUCAUGUUUCCAAUCGUAUUACACUAACUGGUAAAGAUGAACGUUUUAUUUGAGUUGCAUAGAAAAACAUAUGACUUCUUUUCCGAUUCUCGUGCCUUGUAAUUGGCAGAUACAGGACAGUAUGGCGAACCAUAUAUUUAUCUUGGCAAUUUUAUUUUAUUCAUUUUAUUUGUCUCUAGAAGUGUUACGAAUAAUUUAUUAUUUUAAUCGCACAGAAAACAAUCUUUUCGAUUUUUAUAAAGAUAGUUUGCUCUGUGUCGUCGCACGAUACUCUAAGAUUUCACCGUGCGAUACAGAAUGUAUCGAUACCUGGUGACUUUUGAGUGAAUUUUGUUCGAAUGUUUCAACCAUAAUUGUCAACACGUUGGGAAUCUACCACGCGACAACUGUAAAUAUUACCGCCGACAGGGAUAAUAUGCAAAAACACUGUACGAACGUUGUUCAAUAAUAAAGCUUGUAAAUAACGCCCACGGA